UACAACACCUCAAAGCACACAGAAACACUCCACAUUGUCCCUCUCUCUCACUUCACACACACACCCAUCGCCAAUUACACCUCCGCAAUCCUGCAAAGGCUGUGAAGAAAAAACCUCGAGCAAAAAAAAAACAGAAAAAAAAAAAAAAAAAAACGCACAACACACACUGAUUCCUUCUUUUUAUACUUCCCUCGGCCCGCUUUCCGAAAUGGCUCAUUUAAAAAAGGAGUUGAAGUGCGUGUUCCACCCCGGGCCCAUCAUCGUUGGCGCCGGCCCGUCGGGCCUCGCCGCCGCCGCGUGCCUCGGCGAGAGCGGCGUCCCGGCGCUCCUCCUCGAGCGCAGCGCCUGCAUCGCCUCCCUCUGGCAGCAGCGCACCUACGAUCGCCUCAAGCUCCACCUCCCGCGCCAAUUCUGCGAGCUCCCCUACCUCAAUUUCCCCUCGCAUUUCCCCAAAUAUCCAACCAAGGAUCAAUUCGUCUCCUACAUGGAGGCCUACGCGCGCCACUUCUCGAUCGAGCCGCGGUUCAAGCAGGCCGUGCUCGACGCCCGAUACGACGCCGUCUCGGGCCUGUGGCGCGUCCAGACCGCCGAUUGCCUCUACGUAUCGCGCUGGCUCGUCGUCGCCACCGGCGAGAACGCCGAGCCGGUCCAACCGGAGAUCCACGGCCUCGACCGGUUCCACGGCCCGGUUCUACACACCAGCGACUACCGCUCCGGCUCCGACUUCUUCAGAAAAAAGGUCCUCGUCGUCGGCUGCGGGAAUUCCGGCAUGGAAGUUAGCUUGGACCUCUGCCGCCACCACGCCUCCCCCUCCAUCGUCGUCAGGAAUUCCGUUCAUAUUCUGCCGAGAGAAAUGUGGGGAGUUUCGACGUUUUCAAUGGCGAUGGUGCUACUGAAAUGGCUGCCAUUGAAGCUAGUCGACAAGUUUCUCCUCCUCGUCGCCAACUUCAAAUUCGGCAAGACCGCCAAAUUAGGUCUCCGCCGCCCCAAAACCGGCCCUCUGGAGCUCAAAAACGCCACCGGAAAAUCCCCCGUCCUCGACGUCGGCGCCCUCUCUCUCAUCAAAUCCGGCAAAAUUGAGGUCGUGGAAGGAGUGAAGGAGAUAACGAAAAACGGUGCGAAAUUCUGCGACGGCCAAGAACGGGAUUUCGACUCCAUAAUUCUCGCAACGGGGUAUAAGAGCAAUGUGCCGAGUUGGCUAAAGGGUGAGGAUUUCUUCACAAAAGAUGGAAUGCCGAAGACGCCUUUCCCUUAUAGUUGGAAGGGGGAGAAAGGAUUGUAUGCGGUCGGGUUCACGAGAAGGGGGCUUCUUGGAACUUCAUCAGAUGCCGUUAAAAUUGCUGAAGACAUCGCUGAUCAAUGGCGGAUGAUUAACAAGAGAUUUCCAGCCAAAGAAAUUAAGCUUGAUACUGAAAUAUUUGGGAAAAUUAGAGAAAAUCUCGAGAAUGGGGGAGCUUUUUAAGGGUUUUUUUUUUUUUUUUUGUAGAUGUAAAUCAAUCAGUUUUGUUUUGGGGAAAAUUGUAAGAAUGGCGAUGUUUAGGUUGAAUGGUUUUGUUGGGGAAAAAAACUGUGUAUGAUAUAAAAA